AAACAAUCUCUAUGGAAACCGAUCAACUAAAAACUAUCCAACGGUAAAUAAAGUUCAUGACGCUUUAUGACCGCUUCUGAAGGCUACAACUGACGAAGUGUGUUAUAUGUGAUGCUGGAAUGGCUUUUGCUCCUAAAGAGACACUUGGAGGUAAGAUGCAGACCAAGCGGAGCUCCUGGACUCCACUAAACCACCACCUGUCCAACAGCCAGGUCUUUGAAGAGAGGAGAAAUCUCGUUGGCAAGUGGUUUGAUAAGUGGUCCGAUAACCAGAGGAAGCAGGUGUUACAGGACUUCUUUUCACGUUGCUCCGUGGCUCAGAUGAAGUAUCUUAGACAGACCCUGUGCACUCAGGUGCCUGAGGAAGCUCUGGACUUCACCAGGGUUCUGCCCAGGGUCAUAUCUCUCUAUAUCUUCUCCUUUCUUGAUCCCAGGAGCCUCUGUAGAUGUGCACAGGUUAGCUGGCAUUGGAAGAGCCUGGUGGAGCUGGACCAACUCUGGAUGCCAAAAUGCUUGAGACUGGGUUGGUGUAUAUCCUUCACUCCUACACCAUUUGAGCAAGGGGUAUGGAAGAGGAACUACCUAGAGACAGUGCAGGGGCUUCAUAUAAGCCCACCCACGACUUUCAACAAGGAAGAAUUUAGCGUUCCUGAAGUGAAGUUGAUGGACAGUGAAUUUGAGGAGGCGACUCUGGAGAACGGCGAGACGAGGCCCAGUGUCCGGAUCCAGCAUGGGCGGAGUUUACCGGGCUGUGCCUCUGUGUCUUUAGCAAAAGGACCUCCGCCGUGGAGAGACUCAGACAGACACCCCACUGACACCAUACGCUUUAACUACUUAGACAACCUUGACCCAAUCGAGCAUGCCAGACAAUUACAAGCAAGAAGCAGAAGGAUUAAUCCCAACACAACACAAGACAGCACAGAGAGGAAAGCUCUGUCUGCCUCAUCAUACAAACGGUGCAAGGCCAAGUCUAUGAUGUUGUCAUCGCUGGACCUGAGUGCAGACAGUAAGCGAAGGCAGAGCAGACCGCAGUGGGCCAUGCAGGACACUGUGCCAUUCUCCAGUGAGGAUCCUGAAAACAGGAUCAGUUCAGUCCAUUGGAAUGCUGGGAAACGUCCAGGUCCUGUGAGGAACCCGGUACCCAGACUGACCGAGAAGAGUCUCCGAGCUUCACUAAGAUCCCACAGGAGCACACCAAGUGAGGACUUUAGUUUGGAUAUUCAUUUUACAAUGUAGUUAUGAUCAACUUUGUUUAAUGUGUGAUGCAUUUGGGCUAGCAGAGCUAACAGGCACAGGAAGUACACAUAAAAAUAAACCUCACUUGUGCACAUGCUGUUAACAAAUGGAUUAUUUACGACUUUGUA